CACACACACACGCACGCACGCACGUUCGCGCAACAGCGCCUCUCCCGUUGCCGAAGCGCUUCUCCCAGCAACCCGCUGCCAUGUCCACGGGUCUUGCCAUGUGCCCUUAUUUCUCGGCAUCUUGCAUGAUUUGAAAGGGCCUGGCAGUCCCCCGGACCUGAGGGGGUGUGCUGCAUGCCGUCGCUUCUAUCCCGCGUUGGUCGUCCCACCAUCAGCUUCUCCCAGAACUUGGACACUUUCCACUACCCUUUUCCACACGACCACCACCACCAACCAGGCAGCCCAUCCUAUCCUAUCCUUCUCCGCAUCUCCUUCGCUGCCAGUAGCUGUUCCUGAAUAAAAAUCCACGAUCCUCUUUUGCACCUGGAGCGCCCGCGUCGUUCCGUUAUAGCAAACCGUGUACAAACCACUGGUCAGUACUCCGGGUUUUUUGCAAAAGUAUCACGGGAACAUCCCUCCGGGCGGGGAAAAUAGUAUGGUGGCAAGCGACGGAGCCGGCCCCGGGCCUUCAACCGUGGCAGUCGAACGGGAAGCUGCACCACCGGCUAGCGGCAUCACAGGCCUGACAGGAGGAGAAGGAGAAGAAGAAGGAGGAAGAGGAGGAGGAGGAGGAGGAGGAGGCAGUAGUACCGGAACGAAGAAAUGGGCGACCGAGGAGGACUUCAGCAAGCACAGGGAAAUAAUCACCCAGCUUUACCAUCGUGAAACCCUGUCGCAGCUGAUGCAGACGAUGGAGGUUCGAUAUGGCUUCCUUGCCACGAACAAAAUGUACAGAGCACGAUUUAAACGAUGGGGCCUCGGGAAACGUAAGAGAUCGGACAGCGCUUUGGCUAACAGGCCAAGGAAGCCGAAGCUGAAGCAACCCGUGCCGAUGCCGAUGCCGAUGCGGCCCGCAGCAGAAGACGCCAGUCAGCAUGCCCAACCCGAACCCGAACCCGAACUUCAGGAAGAUGAUGUCGAGGAGAUUAUUCCAUCGCACCAUCAUGAACAGCAUGCUGUCCCUUAUGUACAGCGACGGAGAGGUUUAUUGCCAGUAAACGGCAAAUGGAUCGAUUUGUCGCUCAUGACGGACAACGAACGACGGUACCUCCUCCGACAACACAAAUCCCGAAAGCAAACCGCCAGCUCCCCCCCAUCCACCUCCACCGCCUUGUCUCUCUCCCGAUCACCCUCCCCUCGAAACCUCCAGGCACCCGACACCCUCCAGUCAACCGAGAACAUGUACCGCGCCGUGAGGGAUUACUUCACGGCAUCCUUCACCUCCAACCGCUGGUCCUUCCUCGAAGACACCACCUCACCAGAGCAAGCCCGCAACGACAAAGCCGUGAUGGCAACGCACACCGGCGUCCGCCGCGGCUUCGAGAUCUGGCGCCGGCUGAUGACCGCCGUCCGUCUGUUCCACGACACCUCCCACCCCGACAACCGCGCCCAGUCAAUAAAAGUAAUCCGCAUCACCUUCGCCGAGCUCACCUCCACCCUCUCCAGCGGUCGAGAAUCCCCCCUCCUCUUCUUCUGGGUAAUGCACGCCCUCACCCUCUUCCGCUCCAUCCCCGACCCAAACUUCCAACGGCUGGAAACCUACCUCCUCAAACACCUCUUCGAACUGACCGAAACCGUCCGCCUCCAAAACGGCGCCAUCCCCCACCCCACCGCCCAGCUCUGGAAAGUCCUCUACUCCAACGGGAAAUCCCUCCUGUUUUCGCCCCCCUCCUCACCAUCACCAGACAACGAUGACAAGUCCCCCCUAAUCAACCACACCCACCUCUCCUCCCUCAUCUCCCUCGCCGUCUCCCUUUUUUCCUCCCACUAUUCCCCCCUCCACAAAAGAACAAUAGAACUGUCCAACCUCUCCAUCUUCACCUCCCUCCCCCCCCACCAUCCCUCCUCCUCCACCCUCCUCACCCCCAAAUUCCACUCCCUUUUUACUCGGGUAACCUCCUCCCUCCCUGACGUGUUCGACGGCAGGGAAAUGGACGUCCGCGCCUGGCUGGCAUCCCAUUACUUCACCCUAGGCGACCUAACCUCCGCCUCUUCCCUCCUCGAGCCCAUCCUCCUCGAUCCGAUAAAACUAAAAGAGGUCAACAAAGUCCAGGAGGCCUCCGAGUCGUUCAAUCUCUUGUACGGCUCCAUAAAAAUGGCCAUGGGGGAUGUACGAGCUGCCGAGGGAAUCCUCCGACAGGUGAUAAAACGGGGCCGCAUAAGCUGGAAAGAGCACGGGGAGGACGUCCACCUUUCCGAUGGGCUCCUCGCGCUUGAUCAAUGCCUCAGGGUGCAGGGACGGACAAAGGAGGCGGAUGAGGUGAUAAAGGAGCAUAGGCAACUGCUGAGGGAAGCGUUGAUGAGGCGGGGAGAGGAGGAUACUUGA